GUAUUGGCGGCGUUACGACUACAGUAACAUUCUAUCUCAACUGUUAUUAUAACGUGAUCAUCUGCUGGGCCCUGUACUACGUGUUUUCCUCCUUCACCUCCGAGCUUCCCUGGAAGUCGUGUGGCCACGAGUGGAAUACGGAACACUGCUACGACUUCACUACUGUCAACAAGACUGUUGUCAAUGUGACAGGUGUCAACCUCGCCAAACAGUACAACGCCGGAACAAAUUCCACAGCCAAUGUCACAGGGAUUCCACUGAUCAGAGUCGAUCCCGUCAAUGAGUUCUGGGAAAGGAAAGUGUUAGGUUUAUCGGACGGGAUCGAGAACAUGGGGACAAUCAAAUGGGAUCUGGCUUUGUGUCUCCUUUUGGCCUGGGUUAUCGUUUACGUGUGCAUCUGUAAAGGAAUACGAUCGUCUGGUAAGGUGAUGUACGUAACGGCGACAGCCCCGUACUUCUUUAUGACGGCCCUUCUCAUACGGAAUUCUACGCUAGAUGGCGCUAUCGAUGGGGUUAUCUACUAUCUCAAACCAGACAUAGCAAAACUUUCAGACGUCGGGGUUUGGGUCGACGCCUCGACACAAAUCAUGUGGUCCUAUUCCAUAGGAAUCGGAGCUCUGACUGCUCUGGGCAGCUACAACAAAUUUCAUCAUAACUCUUACAGGGACGUUACAAUAUUUGCUCUGAUAAACUCCGGGACCAGUAUCUUCGCGGGGUUCCUGAUCUUUACCAUUCUCGGACACAUGGCGUUCCUUCAGGACACGACUGUAGAUAAAGUAGCGUCGUCUGGUCCCGGAUUGGCGUUCAUUGCCUACCCUAAAGCCGUGUCCCUCAUGCCUGCAGCUCCCGUGUGGUCAACUCUAUUCUUUAUCAUGCUGAUAUUUCUAGGAAUCGACAGCCAG